ACGCGGCAUUACGGCCAGUGUAGUGAGAAUGGGGAAAGUUAGUCAGUGAGUUGGUGAGGAACUGCCGGAGCCUGCUGUUAUCUGAUCCCCGCGACAAACUGCAGCCUAACGGCUCAUGGACAGCGCUGUAUUUCACUAACUGCUGGACUUAUCAGCAUCUUCACCAAAGGACGUAUCCAUGCGCCAAGGCAGGACCGUCAUUCUCUCAAAGAUACGGUGCAGCUCUGACUGAGAUGGCUGUGUUUCUGCGCUGCCAAAGGACAGUUGUGUUGGCUGUGGCCUUCUGUUUCCUGCCUUGCAUCACGUCCUCCCUCAACCUGGAGGAUCCCAACGUCUGCAGCCACUGGGAAAGUUACUCAGUGACAGUGCAGGAGUCGUACGCCCAUCCUUUUGAUCAGAUUUAUUACACCAGCUGCACUGACAUCCUAAACUGGUUCAAGUGCACCAGACACAGGGUGAGCUAUCGGACAGCGUAUCGUAGAGGAGAGAAAACCAUGUACCGGAGAAAGUCCCAGUGCUGUCCAGGUUUCUAUGAGAAUGAAGAGAUCUGUGCUCCUCAUUGUGCAGAGAGCUGUGUCCAUGGCCGUUGUAUGGCACCCAACACCUGCCAGUGUGAACCAGGCUGGGGGGGCUCCAACUGCUCCAGCGCUUGUGACAGUAACCACUGGGGGCCCCACUGCAGUAACAGAUGUCAGUGUCAGAACGGAGCACUAUGUAACCCCAUCACCGGAGCCUGUAUCUGCACUCCUGGAUACAGAGGUUGGCGCUGUGAGGCCCAGUGUGAAGUGGGCACCUAUGGAAAUGGAUGCCAACAGAAAUGUCAAUGCCAGAAUGGUGCUGCUUGUCACCAUGUGACUGGAGAAUGCAAGUGCUCACCAGGAUAUACCGGAGCAUUCUGUGAAGACCUCUGUCCUCCAGGUAAACAUGGGCAGCAGUGUGAGGAGAGAUGUCCUUGUCAGAACGGAGGAGUGUGUCACCAUGUGACUGGAGAGUGCUCCUGUCCUGCUGGAUGGAUGGGUACAGUGUGCGGCCAGCCAUGUCCAGAGGGGAGAUUUGGACAAAACUGUUCCCAGGAAUGUCAGUGUCACAACAAUGGCUUUUGUGUAUUGUCUAAUGGACAGUGUCUCUGCACCCCCGGAUACACAGGAGAACGGUGCCAGGACGAGUGUCCAGUUGGUACUUAUGGUGCUGGCUGUGCCAAGAUGUGUCGCUGUAAGAACUACAGCAAGUGCUACCACACCAACGGAAUGUGUCUGUGUGAGCCAGGAUACACAGGGGAGAUCUGUGAUGUCCGACUGUGCCCUGAAGCACACUACGGCCUCCAGUGUGAUAAGAAGUGUCCAUGCCAUGCCCAGAACACUCUAAGCUGCCACCCAAUGUCAGGAGAGUGUACAUGUAAGCCUGGUUGGUCAGGUCUUUACUGCAACGAGACAUGCACCCCAGGAUUUUAUGGCGAGUCCUGCCAGCAAGUGUGCCAGUGCCAGAAUGGUGCCGACUGCCACAGUGUAACCGGAAAGUGUAUCUGUGCUCCAGGCUUCACGGGUCACAACUGUUCAGUCCCCUGCCCUGCAGGGACAUAUGGAGUGAACUGCUCCACCAGCUGUAAGUGUAAGAACAGAGCUCAAUGUUCUCCUGUGGACGGAUCCUGCUCCUGUCAACCAGGAUGGCAUGGGGUGGACUGCUCCAUCAACUGUCCCAGUGGUACCUGGGGUCUGAGCUGUAACCUCACCUGUAUGUGUGGGAAUGGAGGAUCAUGCAACGCCCUGGAUGGUCACUGUACCUGUGCCCCCGGCUGGAGAGGAGCCAAGUGUGAACUCCACUGCCAGGACGGUACCUAUGGUCUUGACUGUAAAGAACGCUGUGACUGCAGUCACGCUGAUGGAUGUCACCACUCUACAGGUCACUGCCGCUGUCUGGCUGGAUGGACUGGUAUCCACUGUGACAGUGUAUGUGCAGAGGGCCACUGGGGUCCAAACUGCUCCCUCCCCUGCAACUGUAAGAAUGGAGCUUCCUGCUCUCCAGAUGAAGGAACCUGUGAAUGUGCUCCAGGAUACAGAGGCACCACCUGCCAGAGGAUCUGCUCUCCAGGUUACUUUGGUCACCGCUGCAGUCAGACCUGUCCACAGUGCGUCCACAGUAAUGGACCAUGUCACCACAUUACAGGACAGUGUGAUUGUCUGCCAGGCUUCAGGGGGGCUCUGUGCAACGAGGUGUGUCCCAGCAGUCGCUUUGGAAAGAACUGUGUGUGGAGCUGCAGCUGCACCAACAAUGGUACCUGUAACCCCAUCGAUGGCUCCUGUCAAUGUUACCCAGGGUGGAUCGGCAGCGACUGCUCCCAGCCAUGUCCUCCUGGUCAGUGGGGACCCAACUGCAUCCACACAUGUAACUGUCACAAUGGAGCCUACUGCAGUGCUUAUGAUGGAGAAUGCAAGUGCACCCCAGGAUGGACCGGCCUCUACUGCACACAACGCUGUCCUUUAGGUUUCUAUGGGAAGGACUGUUCUCAGACCUGCCAGUGCAGGAAUGGAGCCGACUGUGACCACAUCUCCGGACAGUGCACCUGUCGCACUGGCUUCAUGGGACGCCACUGUGAACAAAAGUGUCCUCCUGGGUCGUACGGUUACGGUUGCCGUCAGGUCUGUGACUGUCUCAAUAACUCCACCUGUGAUCAUAUGACUGGUACAUGUUACUGCAACCCAGGCUGGAAGGGAGCUCGCUGUGACCAAGCUGGUGUGGUGGUAGGCAGCCUCAACAGUUUGACCAGUGCAGCUAUGCAGGUGGACACCUACCAGAUUGGAGCCAUCGCAGGAAUCAUUGUCCUGGUGCUGCUGGUGCUCUUCCUCCUGCUCCUCUUCAUCAUCUACAGGAAGAAACAGAAGGGCAAAGAACCCCCCAUGCCAGCUGUGACCUACACCCCUGCUAUGAGGGUCACUGCUGAUUACACCAUCACAGAUGCUCACCCACCAACAUGUGAGGCUCACCCCAGCAACUACUUCUCCAACCCCAGCUACCAUACUCUGACCCAGUGCAUCAGCCCCCAUGUUAACACUGGUCCAUAUGGAAAGGCCAAGAACAACCAGCUGUUUGUGAACUUGAAGAAUGUGGAUCAGAGAAAAGGGGCUUCUCUAACUGAUCACACUGGCACACUGCCUGCAGACUGGAAACAAGGGGACUGCUUCAAUGAACUGGGAGCAUAUGGAAUUGAUAGGAGAUACAUGGGUAAAUCAUUACGAGAUCUGGUGAAGGGGACUCCCUAUCAUGCCAGUUCCUGUUCCCUCAACAGCUCUGAGAACCCAUAUGCCACAAUAAAAGACCCUCCCCUACUUAUAGCCAAAAGCACAGAGUGCGGCUAUGUGGAAAUGAAGUCACCAGCCAGACGGGAUUCACCAUAUGCUGAGAUCAGCAGCAGCAGCCCCAUCAAUAACCCAAAUGUCUAUGAAGUCGAGCCAACUGUCAGCACCAUCUUGGCCCCUGGAGAAAGCAACAGCCACUUUCAGUUUGGUCAGGAUCCAUACGAUCUACCAAAAAACAGCCACAUCCCCUGUCACUACGACCUCCUGCCAGCCAGAGAGAGUCCAUCGUCAGAGCUCAAAGAGCUGGACAGUGAAUGACGAUACAGACUCAGUACAGAGGUCAAGUCUCACCUCCAGUCAACAGCUACAGCACUGGAUAUUCCAUAAACAGGCACACUUUAUAUCCACAUAAUACUGUCACUUGUUUCUUGCUGUUAUACUUCAACAUUAUCAAUGUAAUUAUGUAUCAUGAUCUUUCUGAACAAAGUGGGUAUAUAGAAGUUUGGAGGUUGGAUUGGAGAUACAGCUUUUAUUUUGAAACUGCAGUUAAGUCUUCAUAGAUCAUUCCAUAAGUCUGGGUAAGUAAGGUUUACUGAAGGUAUGCUUUGAACAAAAAAAAAAUCUCUUCUGUGGUUUUCACAAAGCGCUUCACACUACAUGUCACAUUCACCCAUUCACACACACAUUCAUACAGCACUUAUUCUAUACAUGUAAGUGCUCUCUAACGCAUUCAUACACUGAUGCACACACAUUAGGAGUGAUUUGGGGUUCAGUAUUUUGGGGUUCAGUAUCUCUGAGCCUUUUGCAUAUCUUGUCAUGUAAAUGCAACAAAUCAUACAAAUGGCGAUAACACACACAUUCAGAUGGUAGCAAAGCAUUUGUGAUGUUGAACUUGGUUGUGCACACAUAAAGUGACCUGCCUUCUUCUCAUACCUCUGCACACCUGAAUAUCCGCUGCAUAAAAGUAGGUGUGCUUGUUGGAUUGACAGUCCUACCCAAUUGCAGUGUCGGAAAAGUGGUUUCAGAUGCUGAUCAGAGCACUUCGUUUCAAGCUUACCGAAGCCUUUAUGAUGUUUAUGUAUAACAUUCAAUACCAAUCAAAUCUUUAUUUUUGUAACAACGGUAUUAGAAAAUGGCUAAUUGAUUAUUAGCAAUUGUAUCAAAGAUUAGAUGUUUGUUCAUGUUUGUUUGGUGAGGAAGAGUACCACAAAACUGCUGACAAUGUUGAUGUUUGCACACACUAAUGACAUCAGAUGUAGUCAGUCAGUGUUGAAUUGAUAUUUAACUUAACCAAAGGUACCAUUUAAGUGCCAUUUAACUAUUUUCAUACAGUGCAUUUCAAAGGCCUGCAAACUGAUGACUAAGAUAAGAUAAGAUAAGAUAAGAUAAUCCUUUAUUAGUCCCACAGUGGGGAAAGUUACAAGUGGUGCCAACUUGAGCCCCCUCCCAUUGUAACUAUAGUCCAUUUUUGAUUUUCUUUUUCAGUUAAUCAAUAACUCAUAAAUAUCAUAUACAUAUACAUACUGCUCAGUGGUCAUUACCAAAUCCACAGUAGCUCUUCUGACCUGCAUCAUCUUCUCCCGUAAAAUAGUACUUUUCGGUGUACUGAACAUAUUUCAUAUGUGUCUUGAUGAUUCACAUGACACUGAAUGCUGCUGGACUGAGCAGAUCCAGGUCUAACCUACACAAAUUACAAAUUCUGUGUGACCAUGUUCUUAAAGGGGAACUCCACAACAAAUGAUUUGGUUUGUCCUUCACAUAUGACCACAGUAAAUCUUGUUGUUAUAUGAUGUUAAACAGGUGAUUAUAUCCAAUAAAACACACCGAGUGUGAAAACUGCUUUUUCAGCUCAAAGUUAGCUAACUGUAAGAAAACAGGCAAAACUGAGGUCUGUUUCAUGUGUCACCUGCAAGUAUUAACCGCAGACUAUAGCUCCAAUUUGAGUCUUUCACACAUACAGUAGCUCCUGAUAAACAGUGGUGUAAAAAUGACAUUAUACAUGAACAAGAUUUACUUCUCUGCAGUGUCAGAAAAUACAACACAUGGACCUACGAUAACUGUGCUCUAUUUAGACCUUAAUUACAUGUUGAGGACUAUUAAAAAAGUAAUGUUAACCACAACAAACAGCAAAAAAGACACAGGCUUCCCUCGUAGCUGAGCUGCUAGCCCAACUACAGAAACUCUCCCAAAUAUCCUUCAGCUCUACUACACUCGCACAGUCUGACACUAGCUGUACCUUGCUGUCUCCCUCAGGAGUCACAAGACCACACCCCCACUGUUGCUCCCUCACUCCUUAGCAAUUCAAAGCAUUUAAAAAAUAUAAAUUUUACUGUAGCUACCCUUUAAUAAAACAAUCUGCAGAGCAAUUUAAGUGAUCAUCUCACUGUGCCUGCUGUCUCCUGCUACAGGCUCUGACACUCAACACUGAAAUUAUUUGGUUUGUUGUUUCACGUAUAAAUAGUCAGAAAUGUAUGAAAAAUGCUUAUUUCAGUUUCCUUAUAUCUAUAUUUUUCUUAUGACAUUAUAUUGAAAAUAAGUUAAAUAUUUUUUUCUUUGUGUUGAUGAUUUCUCUGUGUUGAUAUACUGAAUAACUUUAUUGUUAUGCAUGAAUGGAGUGUUAUUUAAUACAUUAUUCUGUGUGGAAGUAGACAGAGUGUGCAGGAUGGGGGUGAUAGCAAAGAAUUCCAACCAGUGUGUGGAUCAGCCCAGUAUAGUCCCUCCCACUGCAGGAACCAGAACCUGGGUCUCUACAAAACCUGAACUUUUUAGAACCCUGUACAGGUCUUCCUUUUGUUUCGACGGCAUUUUACAAACUGGGAUGUCUCCGAUAUAUAUCAUCAAAAAGGCAAAAGAGAGACCCAUUUCAUCUUUUUUUCAAAGAACUUAUACCAUAACCUGGGGCUUCUCUUUAAGAGCCCUGUGAAGGUUUGGUACUGGACCUUUAUAUCUCCACCGUAUUUAACAAACCAGGACAUUUCAGAUACACACCUUUAAAUGGCAAAAGCAAAGGAAGUAAGAGGUGGUGGGACAGGCAGGUGGCACCAUAGGCAUUGCCAGACCCCUUUUACUGGGGGAUAUACCCCAGUAUAAAUGCCAUUAAUACUUAAUUUUUUAACAACUACAAAUAUUUAUCAUUGUAUUAAUUCAGAAAAUUACAGAAUACUGACAGGAAGAGAAUAGAUGUAUUUCUACUCAAACAUGUAGCAAGAGUGUUGAAUCUGAGGUGGGGAGCCUGUGCCACUGUAGAGCUUUAUGCUAAGCAACACCCCUGGGUGGCACUAAUACAGUUACUGGUAUUCUUUCUUGUUUAUGUGAAGAUGUUUAUUUCUGGUGAAGAAUCCAUGACACUUCUUGGCCAUCACAAGCAAGCUAGUGAGGUUGGACAAAUCUCACCAGUUCUCCUCUUUUUGGUUGUCCAGCUCCAUGCAGUAAUAGUGCCCAUACCUUGAAUUUCAUAUCAUCUCUUAGCAAAGCACAAAUUUAGUUUCAACGGUGGAAGCAAAAGCAGUGCCUGUGGCAGUGGCUACAUGUUAAACUACAUUGCACUGGAUUAAGAUUGUGCAGUGCUGGUAUGUCCAAUGAGCAUUUUCUGCAGUUUUUCUCUUUAUACAUAAAGCUUUGUGGUGGUUAUUGUGUUUGUCUCAAUGCUGCCACCUAUAUUUGAAAGUACCUGAAACUUGCAGUCAGUAUCGCCUCCUGGGCAGAGCCAAAAUUUAGUUCCAGGGCCUUUUACUCACAGCAGGCAUUCAGUCCUCCACAUGGAUUCCUGACCUUCUGUUAUUAGCAGUCUUCAGUUACCAUCCUCAUAUGACCAGAUUAACCCAGUCGUCAAGACACAGUCAGUGACACAGUCAGUGACACAGUUGCUUAUCCUUAUUACAGUGCAGUUUAAAGGGCUCAACAUAUCAGAUGAAACACAAGCUUAAGCUGGACUUUUGCUUUUUGAAAAGAUAAUUGUAACAGCAGUUCACAUUAUUAACCAGUAUGAAACUUUGUCAUUUCACAGAAAAUAUUACUUUUCAGUUGUAGUUUGAUCGUAGUAGUUCUUUUUUUUUAUCUUUCCUGUAUUCUGAAUGGCCUAAAAUAUCAAACAGUCUUAAGCUAUUCUGAGUCUAUUUGAAAGUGUUUGUAAAAUACUGUAUAUAAUUUGAACAGCUCUGAUCUAAAAUGUUAAUAUCACCCAGUGUCUUAUGUCUGAAAUGGACUGAAAUGUGGCAUUUGGUUUAUUAUGUAACAAUUAUGUAAACUAGGAAACUUGAGACUCUUGUCCUCUAUAGUUACUGGAUUAAAGAUGUUUGUUCUGAGAGGAAUAUUUGAGAUUUUCCCAAGCAUCAUCUGUUUCUAGGCUCUUAUAUUGGUCUCCUACAAUUGGAAGAUCAUUUACAGAAAUGACAAUGAUUUAACCUCUACCACCAUGGAACUAUCUAUCUAUUAUUUUUUUUCUUUUUGUGGGGGAGGGGUGAUUAUAGAGUUGUUUGGGCAAAUGCUUUGUAAUAAAAUGACAAUAUGAUGAAACAGCA